ACCACCGAGAUACAUACAUUCUCCCGGAAUCAACCGGAGCAGGAGCGGUCGAUCGAGAUGGGGGAUCCGGGCAAUGCAUCGUCGUCGUCCUCGUCGUGCCGCGGCCGGCGGGGCCCAGCCGGGUUUGGGCUGGCGCUGGCCCGGCUGGUGCGGAGGCUGCGGAGGCGGAGCAAGAUGCUGCUGUGCACGGCGGCUCCCACCGGCGCGUCGUCCCGGUGCCGCCAGUACGACCCGCUGAGCUACGCGCGCAACUUCGACCGCGACGGCUUCGGCUCCACGCUGGACGACGACGUCUCCGGGGCCGGCCACCUCUGCCACCACUACACCUUCGCCUCGCGCUUUGUGCUCGCCUCUUCCGACGCCCGCCAGCCACACUAGGACAUGCCGCUGGCCGGCGAGCGAGCUUGGCGCAAGUAGCACUAGCGUAGCCAGAGCUGCUCUGUUUUUUGUUUCGUUCUUUGUCCCCCGGCUUCAGCCAGCGGAGUAGUAGCUAGCUGGUCUGCGUGUUCAUAUGUGGGGCCGAUUCCCGGGCCGGCCUCCUGAAAUUUGUGAGAGCUGCAGGAAAAUUAGCCGAGUGGAUGAAAUGCCUUCAAGCUAUGAA